CCCUCUUCUUUUGUCAGCAAUUUACUCUCCCUUGAACCUGCCAUCUGCAUCCUGCAGAAACAUCACACUUACACUAUGGGAAGCAGCACCUCAACCCAACAUCAUUUUGCUUUCCAGAAUGCAGAGAAAGGUUCUGGGAUACUGUAUGUAGGUCUAGGGCGAGGUCCAGAUAGCUGUGAGUUUCCCCAGCUCCAUGCUUGCUACGUCUGGAAUCUUUUGGACAAAACCAGGAAACAUAUGGUACAACUGCCCAACAUCAAUCGUGUCCCCACCUGUUACAGUGAGGAGAUCACAGUGUGUGGAGAUUUACACAGCCAGCUUGAUGACUUAAUAUUUUUAUUUUAUAAGAAUGUCCUCCCGUCACCAGAGAGGACCUAUGUCUUCAACAGUGACUUCGUGGAUCGAGGCAAGGACUCAGUAGAGAUCCUGAUGAUUCUCUUUGCCUUAAUGUUGGUUUACCCAAAAGAGUUCCAUUUUAACCAAGGAAACCAUGAGAAUCCUAUGGUGAACCAACACUAUGUCUUCACCAAGGAAGUGAUGCUGAAUAUAAGACAUUAUCUUAAUGCCAUUUUUCAGACACAUGGCUAGAAAAUACUGAAAAUAUGGCAAGAUGAUUUCUGUUGGCUUCCGCUGGCCACUCUGGUUGACGAGAAAGUCCUGAUUCUUCAUGGUGGAGUGGCAGACAUGACUGACCUGGAGCUUUUGGCUAAACUAGACAGGUUCAAGGUGGUUUCUACCAUGAGGAGCAAAACGAGAAAGGAGAUGAAGCUGGCGGAGAAGGGAACACCGCUCUCUCUCUCCCUGUCUCGCCGCUUCGCGGGGGCGGCCUCCAGUCCCAAAAAGCGGGGUGCUCCUGCAGGGUCUCCUGACCCAGGUCGUUGUCCCCAGGGCACGCCGCUCGAUGGACCUUGGGCCGCACGGGUGCGGACAGCGAGCCGGCCUCCCGAGAUCCAGGAGACGGAGGAGCCCGCGCCCUGCCUGGCCGAAGCCGACUGGGAAGCUGGGAGCUGCUGGGGCCCACGCAGCAGGAGGGAGGCAGUCAUAGAUAUAUUGUGGAGUGGCCCCAUGGCCCAGGAGGGCUGCAAGGCCAACACUAUUCGAGGAGGGGAUUUCUUUGGACCUAAUGUGACAGAGCAGUUGUUACAGAAAUACAACCUGCAAUUCUUGAUUUGCUCACAUGAGUGCAAACCCGAAGGCUGUGAAGUCUGCCAUGGCCGCAAGGUGGUUAUAAUUCAAAGUGCAGCUAGUUACUAUGAAGUUGGCAGCAACAGAGAGGCCUGUGUCAGACUGGGGCCGGCCCACCCCCACAUUGUGCAGUAUCAAGCUGACAAGGCAACCCAUAUGCUAACCAUGAGGCAAAGGAUUAGCAGAGUAGAGGAGUCAGCUCUGAGAGCUUGGUGGGAAAAGCUGUUUGCUUAUUCCUCAGAUCUUUUUGUUGAAUUUAAGAAGCAUGAUGCAGACAAGACUGGUUUCAUCUCCCUUGGCGACUGGGCAGCCACCGUGGAGUCUGUGUCACACCUGAGACUGCUGAGGAUGCUGAAGCCGCAGCUGGCGAGCAGCUACAGUAACGUGCUGAAGUACAAGUCCUGGCUGGAGGACUCAGCCAGAGAACAACUGGGCCAUGCGAACAUACAGUCAGGUUUCCUGGAAACACUGUAUCAAAACCGAUCCAACCUGAAGACCAUUUUUAGGGUCAUGGACAGCGAUCAUUCAGGGUACAUUUCUCUGGACGAGUUCGGGCAGACCUGGAAACUGUUCAGCUCUCACAUGAACACUGAUGUCACAGAUGACUGCGUCUGUAACCUUGUCCGUAGCAUUGACUUCAACAAGGAUGGCCACAUCGACAUCAAUGAGUUCCAGGACACCUUCCACCGUGAGCAGCCCUGCUCAGGGGGCGAUGCCUCCCACUGCCCAAAAGCCACAAACACUAAUGAGAGUGGCCACAGCAGGCCAGGAGCACACUACAAACAGCCUGGUCUCUGCCGCGCAGAGGUGCCUUGUAAGCAAUACUGAGCUUGUUGCUGGAACAGCUCCCUUAUUCUCUAUCCAUCUGUGAACUUUAUGCUGGG